AUGGCCGACGCGCUUUGCGGGCCUUCCAACGCCCUUCAGAACUUCCAGAAACACACUACCGUCGAUCGGACACUGCAACAGGAUCGUCUGGUCGGCAGACAUUCACCAGCGCAAGGUUUCAGAUCAUCACCGGGACCGAAUGUAGGGGCAUUGGAUUCCGAGUUCGAUGCAUUCCAAGCCGGUCGACCAGUUCCGGCGCAGGACUUCCAGCACUUCGAUCCGCGAUUCGCACAACCUCCCCCUCAGUUUGCGCAAGCCCAUCAGGCCCCAGACUGGGCUGCCGACUUCCAACGCUUGAAUGUCAGCAGUCCGCCUCCGCAAACGUUUCAACAGCAGCGACCGCAGCCGGCGAGCGCGGCGUCAGCAUGGCAUCAGGACUUCUUGAGGCAGCAGGCCCCGGUCGCACAGGCGCCGACAUUACAGCAAAAUACAUAUGGAGGCAUGUCAGGAUACAACAUGGGUGGAUUCGGUGGACAAGCAUACAUGCAGGCACCGAGUUUCCAGAACGCCCAAGUAUCGGAGAUUGCACAAGGAAAGCAGCGCGCACAGGAUGACGUCCCAGCUUUCGACGAGGCAGCCUUUGAACAAGCUUUUGCGCAGGCGCAACAAGAUAUGAUGGAGGUUGCAGAAGCAGAGCAAGUACACACACAGCCAGCGCAAGAGGCGCUGGAUCUAGACCGGCCGGGUGAGAUGGAUCCUCUUCUUCAACGGAUACGAGAAACGCGGCCAGCUGUCUACUCUGCUAUCCAGGUCUGGAGCGAGACUGGUCUUGGACGAACCGACGAAGCUGUAGCAUACCUCGAGAACAUGGAGAACAUGGAAAAGAGCGGUACUCUGGUACAAGAUGCAAACGAGGGGAAAUGGAUUGUCGACUCUCUUCAGAGAAUCGUAAAUCGUGACGCCCCUCAGGAAGUCAAAACCCGCGCCGAGAAGCUCAUCACAGCGAUCAACCAACGCCUUAUGUCACAAUACCCACUAGGCUCACGGGUUCUGAUGAGCGAGGAGCAGAUCUGGCAGGAUCUAGAAGCAGCAGGCUAUAUGAGGACACCAGAUCCAAUAAUGCAGCGGAUGGAACAGAGAUCCGAGGAAGAACAGAAGCAAGAACAACAACCCCCGAAGAACGAUGACGAUGAAAUGGCGGCAACAGCAGGCCGACUGCUGGAGCGUGUAGCAGACAACACAAGCGAAAAGUUCCAGAACUCACAGUUCCUGGGGCUAAUGCGCCGCCUACGGGACCGCGAAGUAAGAGUACAGGAAGACAAGAUUGUCGAGGUCGACGGCGCCCAACAGCAGCAGACUGGCAACACUAUGACCACACCGCAGGCCUACGCGCACCAACAAUCGCCACAACAGCCGUCGUCUACGCAAAUACCCGCCAUCGACCCAACAAUCGUCUCCCACGCAGCCAUCGAUUUCGAACAACCAAUCUACUCGAGCGAUGAACCACCACAAGCAAUAUAG